ACAACCCGUGUCACGGAGGCUGAGGGUACCGCCUAAAAACGUAUGCAUUUAUUGGAUACGUGUUGUUGCUAGGGGCGUGGUUAUGUACCUUAAAAUGGACCAUCACUUUUUUCCUUUCUGGAAUAAGUGAAAUUUGAGAAAGACAACGCUCAAGUAGCCCGUCUUCCGCGGAUGUCGAGAUGCAUAGGGCACGUACAAAAACUGCGCUGCACUGAUCUGAUCAACGCUUUCUCCUUCUCUGCUCAUCUGUCGGACAGGGCUCAGCAGAGAAAGUGCACUCCUUUGACGGCCUGCUUAGUUAAAGGACGAUGCUGCGAUGUCACGCCUCGCAGAGUUAAAUCCAUCUCUUUUGUCGAAAUAUCACAAAGAAGUGUCUGGCUAUUGCUUGGUGAUACCUAACCGGUGAGGUGAUCGACUGUAAUUAACAUCGGAUCACAGCUGCGCAUUUGACAGAUUCUUGAUCAGUGUUGAAGGAUUAGAGAAGGCAAUAACUAUCCGGAAACGACAACCGUGUGUUCGUAUUCUCUAGGCAGCCACGCUUAGCUUCCUAAAUUGCCAACGUCAAUUUUAGAUUGACAUUAAAUACAAUGGACUAGUCUUUGAAACUGAUUUGAGAUUAAACUGCAGUGACAUUGUAAUUGCCUUAGUCCAGUGCAACCUUGGUGGUUAGAAUUGCGCAUUGAAAGAGGCAAAGUAAAUAUUUGUUUCAGUCAUUUUGACAUUCAUUCAGAAAUAUGUUAUAGAUAAUGAAUGGAAGAUCCGUCUUUGAACAAUCCCCAUGCUGGAUAACUGCGUCAGUGCAUAUGAGUGUUGCAGGUAGGCUAAGCGCGCUCCCACUGGUGGGAAAGGACCAUGUUGAACGUCGUCUCUGAAUGUCACCGGUAAGUGCUUACUGGGUAUGGAUUCAGGGGACGACACUAACUCCGAUUCGCCGCAGGGAGCUACAUUCUCAUCGGUGCCCAAUUUAGACUCCGGCAGAAAUACGAACAUUCAUAUUUAUGAGAAUGGGGCAGACCGGAAUAUGGACAACAUUGAGAAUGCUUCGCUGCGGGGUGCAAGCGACCCCAGCGUUUAUCCCUCUUCGGAUUACCGGGGCAUGGUCCGCCAGAGGUUCAUUCGCCGAAAUUUGUGGUUUUCUGACACAGAUGACCAAGUCCUCGAUUCACCAGAAUGUGUCAACAGCAAUCCAGUGUUCAGCAUACACUUGCGUACCAUCGUGGACCGAACUCGAACCAGGGCACUCGGUCCACGCGUGGGCUUACAGCAGAUCUCAAGCUCCGAGAGUCAUGUGGAACAAAAGGACAGUGCCACGGAAAGUGCGAACGCGGACGAGGAGAAAGAGAGGAGCGAGACCGAUCACAAGUCAGCUUCGGCCUCUGAUAUCACCGGUAAAGCGGGAAGCGAUGAGAACGAGGAGGAUGCCGGGAUAAAGGCUGUGUCCACCUCACCCGGGGGGCGCUUUCUGAAGUUCGACAUUGAGCUCGGCAGAGGGUCUUUCAAGACGGUUUAUAAAGGCCUUGACACUGACACCUGGGUUGAAGUAGCCUGGUGUGAACUUCAGGAGCGCAAGCUGUCCAAAAUGGAGAGGCAGCGCUUUAAGGAGGAGGCAGAGAUGCUGAAAGCUCUCCAGCACCCCAACAUUGUGCGUUUCUACGACUUCUGGGAGUCGCCAGUGAAAGGCAAGAAGUGUAUCGUCCUGGUGACCGAGCUCAUGACCUCAGGGACACUCAAAACGUACCUGAAGCGCUUCAAGGUGAUGAAGCCCAAGGUUCUGAGGAGCUGGUGUCGUCAGAUCCUGAAAGGUCUCCACUUCCUGCACACCAGGGGACCGCCCAUCAUCCACCGCGACCUCAAGUGCGACAACAUCUUCAUCACCGGCCCCACCGGCUCCGUCAAGAUCGGAGACCUGGGAUUGGCCACGCUCAAGAGAGCCUCUUUCGCCAAGAGUGUCAUUGGUACCCCGGAGUUCAUGGCUCCGGAGAUGUACGAGGAGCACUAUGACGAGGCUGUGGACGUGUACGCCUUCGGGAUGUGCAUGCUGGAGAUGGCCACCUCAGAAUACCCCUACUCCGAGUGCCAGAACGCCGCCCAGAUCUACCGCAAAGUCACCAGCGGGGUGAAACCAGCCAGCUAUGGGAAGGUCAGCGACCCAGAGAUCAAGGAGAUCAUUGGGGAGUGUAUCUGCAACCGGCGGGAGGAGAGGUACUCCAUCAAGGAACUCCUGAACCACGCCUUCUUCGCCGAGGACACGGGCGUGAGGGUGGAGCUGGCGGAGGAGGACGACGGGCAGAAGGCGUGCAUCGCCCUGAAGCUGUGGGUGGAGGACCCCAAGAAGCUGAAGGGGAAGUACAAGGACAGCGGAGUCAUCGAGUUCACCUUUGACCUGGAGAAGGAGACCCCGGAGGGCGUGGCCCAGGAAAUGGUGGAGUCAGGAUUCUUCCUGGACAGCGAUAUGAAGAUCCUAGGGAAGUCCAUACGGGACCGUGUGGCCCUCAUCAAGUGGAGGAGGGAGCGGAGAGUCCCGGGGAAGAGCUCCAGUACCGAGCAGAACCUGCUGCAGGUUCCCACGGCGGCAGGCCUGCCCAAGGCUGCUCCUCUGGGCCUGCUGGAGGCGGAGGAACUGGAGGCCGACCAGUGCACCUUGAUCUGCCCUGUGCCCGUCCAGGCCUCCUCUGCCACGUCUGACAGUGGAGCAGAUUCCACGGUGCUGCUGGAUUCUUUGAUCAGCCAGCACAGCGCCCCCUACCAGUCCCUGCCAGAGCCCAUCUCCACGGUCCAGAUGGUCUACAGCCCCCCUGCACAGCCCCCCCCUGAGCUGCACCAGGGAGCCUACCCGCAGCCCACUGCACAACCCCCUCAAGACGACUAUUCACAAGCUACAGUGUGCCUGCGCCAGGGAGCCUACCAGCAACAGGCCACUCAGCUGCACCAGGGGGCCUAUCAACAACCUACUGCGCAGCUGCACCAGGGGGCCUAUCAACAACCUACCGCGCAGCUGCACCAGGGGACCUACCAGUCUCCACAGCAGCGCCAUUCCAGUGAGCCCUUUUCCUCGCAGGAUGCCCACCUCCUUCCAGACAGCAGGAUGUGUCUGGGUGCCAACAUGUGCAUGAGACGUGGCAGUACCUCACUAAUUGAGAUGUUGCGUUGUAGGGCCAACUCCCUCCCUAAGACUCUAGCUGCCCCCCACUCCUCUUUGGGCCCCCACCGGAACCUAGGGCUCCCCCCUGAGGUGUUGGACCUGGGGCAAAAAGCCCCCGACCACCCCCACAACCCCUCCGCACUGCCUCCACACCUCUCCUGCCAUCUUCAUCACCUCUGUCAUCAUCACCCCCACCCGUGGUCCUACUGUGACUCGGCCAAUCAGCUGCAUUCGGCCAUCCAGCUGCUGUCUCAGCAGCAGCAGUACCCUCCAGAAGACCGCCCCGCCCCCUCGUACCGGCUGGCCCCGCCCUCCCCGAUGAAAGCGAGGCCGCACGUCCCUUCAUCCACCUCCCUGGGGGCCCCGCCCCCCGGACACCUGUCGCCGCUGGCGUCGCCGAGGGCCGUGUGUGAAGACGGAGAUCUCACCCUGCUGAACCACUGCCUCCACCACAUCGUCAGCGGGCGGAGCCGCUCCCUCACCUUGCCCUUCUGCCCUGCCCACAGCCCGGCCGUGAGCCCCGCCCUCAGCCCUACCAUCAGCCCCCUCGUUAGCCCCACUCACAGACCGUCAAACCGCACCUUCUCAUUGGCUGAGCACACAGCCCCACCCCCCAACCAUUCACCGUACCAGGAAAUGACCCUUCUCGUACGGACUCAUGACAGCGAGGGCCGGCCGCCCAGUACAACGCAGGUCCAGCAGCGGUCCCAGAUAGCCUCAGCUCCUGCCACUCCAGGUCCUAGUGCCCACCAUGUCAGAGCCAGCUUCCCGGACACGGCUCCCGCCACACACACAACUGAUCUGGAGGUAGUGUGUUCAACCCAUACACGUACAGUGGGCUGUUAUGAACUGUGGGGCUGUUUGGAAUUGAAGCGGUUACUGAUGAGGUUAUGAUCCGGUUUAU